AAUGUAAUGUGUGAAGUAGGAAGGCAAUCAUAUAAUUGCCAUUAAAUAGGAAAUCUUGAAUAGGAAAGUGCCUUGUACGCAUGUGUUGUCACUUUCGCUCUUUGCUUUGAGGAAACUUCCUAGUCAAGCUAGAAUUUUUGUAAUUGGCGCCCGUCCAAUCGAAGUUUCCCGACUUUUCUUGCAAAAAACAGUCAGCCCUGUUGAUCACUGACCAGAUUCAUUAGAAGCAGGUGGUAGUCUCAGGCUUGCGCCUUGCUGUGACAAGCUUUAUACUUGCCGCUUGUGUCAUGAUAACAAUGAAGAUCAUCAGCUAGAUCGCUUUAAAGUAAAGGAAGUGCAGUGUAUAAACUGUGAAAAAAUUCAGCAUGCCCAACAGACUUGUGAAGAAUGUAGCACAUUGUUUGGAGAAUAUUAUUGUAAUAUAUGCCAUCUGUUUGACAAAGAUAAGAAGCAGUAUCAUUGUGAAAACUGUGGAAUUUGUAGGAUUGGUCCAAAGGAAGAUUUUUUCCACUGUUUGAAAUGUAACUUAUGCCUAGCUAUGAAUCUUCAAGGAAGACACAAGUGUAUUGAAAAUGUUUCCCGGCAGAAUUGCCCAAUAUGUUUGGAGGACAUCCACACAUCUCGUGUUGUUGCUCAUGUCUUGCCAUGCGGACACCUUUUACAUCGAACUUGUUAUGAAGAAAUGUUGAAAAAAGGCUACAGAUGUCCGUUAUGUAUGCACUCUGCUUUAGACAUGACCAGGUAUUGGCAACAGCUGGACGAUGAGGUAGCACAGACUCCGAUGCCGUCAGAGUAUCAGAACAUGACUGUGGAUAUUCACUGCAAUGACUGUAACGGACGGUCCACAGUUCAGUUCCAUAUAUUAGGCAUGAAGUGUCAGCUUUGUGACUCCUACAAUACUGCUCAAGCUGGAGGACGUAGAAUUUCAGUGGAUCAGCAAUGACCAACCUAUAUUGCACUGGAUAAAACAGCGUUUUCUGAUUUAGAGAAAGGCUUUCCUUAGUGUCGUGUUGUUAUGAUGUGUUAUAAUCUAUGCAUGUGAGUGGAUGUGUUCUGUGCUUGUGUCACGGCAUAGAAUCUUAUCACAAGUACUGAGGGAUUCGGGGUCUCUUACAGAAUGAUCCUAGCUCUAUAUCGAACGAGAGCCACUGCACUUGUGUUUUGACUGAACAUUCCUUUAUGGUCAGUUGAUUGGAAGCCAGUGAUGUUUGCCACUGAUACUCACAUCCAUAGAAGUCUGUUACAUUUUCAUGGAACUUUGCUUUAAGUGACACUGCACGAAGAGUUCAUUUUUAGUUCUUGAUAAAACUGCACUUAAUUCUCAGUAGUAAAUUAAGUAUUAACUUUGUAAAGGCUGUGCUAUGAUGAGAAUAAAUUCUACCUUAUUGUUAAAGUCUAAUUACGUAUACUUUAGAGUUUUCUAAGACAGUCCUUUGGAUCCUCUAAAUGUGAAUUUUGAUGAAAUAACUGCUAAUAAAAUUGUAUUGCAACAGGGUUUUAUAGAAAGUUUUUUCUAAGGUCGUCUACUUUUGGCUCAAUUAGGGCAAUGUAGUCAAUUUUAUAAUGUAAAAGAAAUUUCUUUUGAGAUAUUCUUCCAUAUGAGUGGCUGGGGAAAAUGUUAUGUAAAAUAAUAGGACGCUUCCAAAGCCUUAAGAAAAAGUUCAAUGUUGAAAAUAAUUUCGUUUAGGAUGCCCAAAAUUAUUUCUUCAAAGAAUAAUUCAUUCUUUCAGUAAGUAUUUAUUAAGCAACUACUGUAUGCCAGAUAUGUUUCUAGAUGCUGUAGACUAGAGACAACAGUAAACAAUAAAGACAAAUGUCCCUGCCCUCGUGGAGGUA